AUGCAUAUGACUGAAGCCAAACUAUUUUGGGAGCAAACGUUGCGUGGUUACAAUGGUGAAAAACAUUUUCCCUUUCCUUAUGAUCAUCCACAGCGGCUUACUUCUCCUCGUUCUGGUCGUGGAGCAACUGUUUCUUUUGAACUCGAUACAGAAUUAGUACAGCUAAUAACCAGCUUUGCCCAUCAAUCCAAGGCUUCAUUGUACCAAGUGUUUCUUACUACCUAUUUUGCUUACUUAUUUAAACUGGCUCAAAACGAGUCAGAUUUGUGUGUGUUAAGUGUUGUUGCCAAUAGACCUCUUCGCGAGCUUCAUUCUAUGGUUGGUAUGCUUGUCAACAUGAUUCCUUGUCGUUUACAGCUUGAUCCUCAAUGUUCAUUCGACGAACUUCUUGUUACUGUUCAAAAUCUUCUUAUCAAUGCGCUUGUUCAUUCUCAAUUUCCCUAUCAGAAAAUCGUAUCAUCAAUGCCGAUUUCCGUCAAUACUGAAUUCUUGUAUGAAACAAAAGAAGAAUAUGGCGCAAGUGAGAGUAUUUCAUUGGUUGACGACAUUCAUUUGACUCGUGUUGACUCGUUGGAUGGAAGCAACACUCAAAUAGCCAUUUUUGAUCUUAUUAUCACCGUUCGACACGAUCCAGACAAUAAAAGUAUAAAAGUAUUAUUCAAUUAUUCGCAAGAUCUAUUUGACAAAUGCACGAUAAAAACAAUGACAGAGCGUUUUCACAUUCUUCUACGACAAUUGUUUGAACAGAAUACUGAACGACAACAACCAAUUUUUAGUCUUUCAUUGCUCUUAUCUAAUGAAGUACAGCUUCGACAUGAACUCAACAGCACUUAUUUGGACUAUAGUCGUUCACUCAAUUGUCUACCAGAAGAUUUUGCUCGACAUGUAGACAUGCAACCUCAAAAAGUAGCUAUUGUACUGGAUGAACAAUCCGUAACAUAUGGUGAACUUCUUCACAGUGUGAAUCAACUUGCGUUUCGUCUAUCGACUGAAUUCAACGUUCAACUAGGUGAUAUUGUUUGUCAAUGUGUUGAACGAUCGAUAGAGAUGAUUGUUGGUCAACUAGGUAUUCUUGCGUGUGGUGCUACUUAUGUGGCUUUGUCACCGAAUGAUCCACCCUCGCAUCUUGCCAUUCUUAUUCAGCAGACUGGGUCUCGUCUUAUUCUUGUUCAACCAACGACACGUGAUAAAUUUGAAAGCAUCAUAACAACAUUACAUGUGACCUAUGAUAUACAAACGGACGAGCUAGCGCCUCCUGUUGGAGUGAAACUCGAUAAUCUGGCUUAG